UGAUCAACCGGGAAUAGCUGCGCUGAAAAACCUGGGGAAGGAACUGUGAUCUGGACGAAGGGAAUUAACUUUAGGUGGACUUUAGGUGACGUGCCAAUCAAUUACCAAGGCCUCUAACCUAGCCCUUUGCAAGCUUUGUCGGGUCGCGACUUACUUAACUUGAUCUGACCUGAAAACAGCAAGCAGCCCCGGUCCCUGAGCUAAAUUCUCCCAUCUGCCCUAUCAGCUAAUUAAUUCUCUAUCAGGAUCCGACAUCGUUCGACAACUUUCCCAAACCAUCUUUAAAAUUUACUCACACAAGUCACUGGGUCUUCCCUAACUUCGGACUUUAACCAUCGGACGUUUGUGAAAUAUUAAACUUCUUCUUGUUGUUUUCUCCUUUUACAUUUCUUUCUUUUUUAUCAUUCUUUUCAAUAUCCGAUAAAACAAAAUAUCUCUUUCACCAUGCUUCCCGCACUCCGCAUCGCCUCUCGCCAAGCUGCAACCUGUCGGGGACCGGCCUCAGCUAUUGCCUUCCAGGCUACGAGAGCUGGGUCUACCUGGGCCAAUGUGCCUCAAGGCCCUCCGGUAUGUAUCACCGAAGCCUUUAAGGCCGAUUCCUUUGAGAAGAAGAUCAACCUAGGUGUUGGUGCCUACCGAGAUGACCAAGGCAAGCCUUAUGUGCUUCCUUCCGUCCGUGCCGCCGAGGACAAGAUCGUCGCGAAGCGCUUGAAUAAGGAAUAUCUCGGCAUCACUGGCCUCCCCGAGUUUACCACGGCAGCCGCCGAGCUGGCCUAUGGCAAGGGCUCAUCUGCCCUUGAACGCCUGGUCAUCACCCAGUCUAUCUCAGGCACUGGAGCUCUGCGCAUCGCCGCUGCCUUCCUGGCCCGCUUCUAUCCGGGCGACAAGACCAUCUACAUCCCAACUCCUUCGUGGGCCAACCAUAAAGCAGUCUUCCACGACUCUGGUCUCAAGGUUGAGCAAUACCGCUACUAUGACAAGAACACCAUCGGCUUAGACUUCGAAGGAAUGCUAGCGGACAUCAAGGCCGCUCCUAAAGGAAGUAUAUUCUUAUUCCACGCUUGCGCCCACAACCCGACUGGCGUCGACCCUACCACCGAGCAGUGGAAGGAGAUUAGCAAUGCCGUUAAGGCUCAAGGUCACUAUGCCUUUUUCGACAUGGCCUACCAGGGUUUCGCCAGCGGUGACACAAACAAGGAUGCCUUCGCCGUACGACACUUUGUCGAGCAAGGCCAUAACAUCUGCCUAGCGCAAAGUUUUGCUAAGAAUAUGGGUCUCUAUGGAGAACGCGUAGGUGCCUUCUCCAUCGUUGCCUCGUCGCCCGAGGAGAAGAAGCGCCUCGAGUCUCAGAUCAAGAUCCUCAUCCGACCCCUAUACUCGAACCCUCCGCUCCACGGCGCACGUAUCGCAUCUGAGAUCCUCAACGACCCGGCCCUUAACAAGCAGUGGCUAGGUGAGGUUAAGGGCAUGGCUGACCGUAUCAUUUCCAUGCGUGCUCUCCUCAAGGAAAACCUUGAGAAGCUCGGCAGCGCUCAUGACUGGAGCCAUAUCACUUCACAGAUCGGCAUGUUUGCCUACACCGGUCUCGAUGCGGCCUCCAUGGAGAAACUGGCCAAGGAGCAUAGCGUCUAUGCUACAAAGGAUGGUCGUAUUAGCGUCGCUGGCAUCACAUCCGACAACGUCGGACGCCUAGCCGAGGCUAUCUACAAGGUCAAGGGUUAAGUUGACCUCCUUGUUUACUUGAGUGAAGGAAGGGAAGGUGGAAAUCUUGCACAAGGGGAAUGUUCUGUACGAUGUGAAUAUUUCGAGGGGAAAAGGUAAAAAGGCACCAUGCCCGAUAUGAUGGUACGAGAUAGACGAAUGACCUAGAUGAAUGGAUCGGUUGGCAAAAGCACCUGUCCAUUGCGAUGUUCCUCUGGUUGGCAAUGGGGCGAUAUUCUUGAUACAUCUCUGCUAUUUUUCCCUUUCCUGUCUUUUGCAUCUACUUGGGCUGUCUCACCGAAAGUUGGACGGUAGACAGCCGAUGCUUGUGAUACCACCACCACUAGAUACCUACGCAAAUGAGAUUCAUUGCCAAAUGCUGUUAUCCACGGAAUAAUAGUGUGAAAAAUAAUCAUCAUAUCUGCGAUUAACAGACUGGCC